UCUUUGCAUAAUUGUUCUUAAUUUUUAGGGUUAACAGUUAACAAAUAUAUACAGUCACUACCUUGUAAGUGUUUCAAAUGCUGAUAUCUUUAAAUAUAUUUGUAAAUUAAAUUUUCCAGAGGGGGUGGGUUCUGUUAUUAAACGAUACAAUUAUCUGACAUUGUUACGUAAGUUCAGUAUUAUAAGUAAUUUUUCAAUAUAAAGGAUAGAAAAUCAAGUAAAUUGGCCUAAAAGGUUAACAAUGCUGCCACAUCUUGGCAAUAUACUUGAAAGCAACUACAGAAACACUGUUCAUACGUUUUCUCUGCCCACCAGAAUGUCAUCUUUAUCAUGCUGACGUAAUAGGGAAAGUACGGCGCCUAAUUAAGCGUCUGCUUCGUUUCUAGAAUGAACGACUUUGCACAACUCGUGUCAAUACCUUUAAGGCUCAGUACCAAGAAAACAGCGUUCACAUCCGACUGGGAAGGCCACAGGUUAUCUGGAGUCAAGGUCUUCAAAUGACGAGGUUUUAUAACAAUGCUUUAUCCUCAGCACGUUCAGAACUGCUGGCAACAUAGCAAGAACCACAAGUGAGGAAAGGUUUGCAGAUCACAGGAUUUUUUUUCUUCGUGAUCAGAAUGACAUAUGAACUAUACUUCUCAUGGCAUGGAAGCUCGGCUUGAAAUACCAUUGAUAUUAUUAUACAUAGAAAUUCAGAACAGCUAUACGUGAUAUUUAAUGCAGAAUAUGGAUGACAAUAGGAGUUACAUACAAACUAUUGCACCUUCCGUCUUCUUGGACCACCGAGAUAACGGCCCAUUGUACAUCUUAGGAGACAACGUAAGUUAUGCAGGUAACACAUCAUCUUCAUCAGAAAACUUCACCAUUGCAGUGGACCCCUUUUUCCAAACACUUAAAGACACGGCCUCAGUGGUGCUCCCAAUUUGUUACGUUAUUGUUCUCCUGGUCGGAGUCUUAGGGAACUCUCUCGUUCUAUACGUCAUUUUGGCUAAUAAGAGCCUCCGAACAUGCCCUAACAUGCUAUUCCUCAAUCUGGCAGUUGCAGAUCUUCUUUUCUUGCUCUUCGUUGUCCCAUUAGAGACAGCGGUGAACGUCUCCCAAUGGGAACUACAACUAGGGGACGGCCUCUGCAAGAUGUUGAAAUACACCACCUUCGUGACCAUGGCUGUCAGCGCCUACUCAUUGGCGGCAAUCUGCGUGUUCCGGUGCCGUGCGAUCGUUUCCCCUAUCAGGGCGUCCAAGUAUCUGAAGAGAAGACACGCGGCCUGCGUCAGCUUCUUGAUUUGGCUCCUCAUGCUUGCCUCUAACGUCCCUGUCGCCAUGUACCACAGGGAGGUGGCCCAGUGUGCGCCGGUUCCAGAAACCGACUUCCAGUUCUACCUCCUCCUGUCCGUCUUUAGCGGCGUCGACUUCAUUCUGCCCCUCACCAUCACGGCCGUGGCCACCGCAAUCAUCGUGUACCAACUGAGGCAGAACCGACCUGUCCCAGAGAACAAGAGCCUUUCCUCCGCUGGCUACAAUCGGCGCCUUAUUGUUCUCGUCGUCACCGUCACCGCAAUUUUUGUGGUCUGUUGGGGUCCGUUUCACGUGAUUAUUAUUCUAAAGUCGCUCUGGUUACACGGGAUGGCAACACACGCCUGGGUCGUGGCAUCUAUAGUGUCCCUUUUUAUGGGCUAUGCCAACUCGUGCAUUAACCCCAUCAUCUAUAAUUUCGUCUCCAGAGAGUUCAGGAAGGCGUUCCUACGAACCUGGACCAGAUGUACGCCAGCAAGGCAACGCAGAAAUGACCAGACUUUGACCAGUUUUAAGUCGUUCCGAACGACAAGUUUUAACGUCCGCGAGCAGCAAGUCAACAUUUGGGGUCGCACCAGAAGUACGACGAGCUCUACGAAGUCCUCUCCAUGAAUACGGCAAGUGACCAUCACGCCAAAUAUUUAAGACGUUCACUAAAACUUGUAUAUUGACAGCAUUUAUUGUUGGUUAAGUGUGUUUCCUGAAUAGAGGCUAUUUACCUGGAUGGCAGCCUUUGCCUGAUGAAGAUGCCCUAGACAGGCAUCGGAAUAUUACAGGUAAACAAUUUCAAUAUUAGCUGUUGAUUGAAGAAAAAAUUAUUUUAUUAUUACUUUUUGGUAGAUGUUAACAU